UUCACUUUCCAGUCGCUCCGACUGAAGUGCAAACGUAUUUUAUCAAGUUCUGCACACAUUUAUCUAAUGGGUUGUAGGGCUUGUGAUUAUGGGUGUGUCCAGACAUGGUACAACGACAGGAGGUGUGCCUAAUCAGAAAUAUUUUAUAAGGAGGUGUGUUUAUGAAUGAGCGUGUUACUACAUUUGUAGUGACUGAAUCCGGCGGAAAGCAACCAUUAAGAUUCAGGAAAAAACGAAACUCGGUAACCUCAAAACGUGCACUUGAAAACUGAAAUCAGUCAGUGCUACGUUAAGUGGCAUUUAUGUGUAUAUUCCAGAUAUUUGGUUUUAAAAGAUAGGAUAUUUUUAUUUGAUUCUUGCACACGUUAUAAUCUCAGGGAAACAGUAUGGCUUAUGUAGGGAAUGGAGCUGGAAAUCUAGACGUUGAAGAGGAGAGCUUUGAAGAUGCCUUUGAUCGCAUUCCUAUGGCAUCCAAGAUGGAUCUGAAGAUGGCCUUAGAAGAAUGCAGCAUUGCACUAAACCUCUUUUUGAACAACAAGUUCUCUGAAGCUUUGGAUCGUCUCAGGCCUUGGGCUAAAGAGAGUAUGUAUCAUGCCUUGGGGUACAGCACCAUCCUGGUCAUGCAGGCAGCCAUGACCUUUGAGCACCAGGACAUCCAGAGGGGCAUCAGCACAAUGAAGGAUGCUCUUCACACCUGCCAAAGGUUUCGAAAAAAGAACACAGUUGUAGAGUCUAUAUCCAAUUUAGUGACCAAACAAGCAUCGGAACAGCUCAAAGAAGAGGAGAUGCAUGCUGAGAUCUGCUAUGCUGAGUGCCUGUUACAGAAAGCAGCUCUCACCUUUGUACAGGAUGAAAACAUGAUCAACUUCAUUAAAGGGGGCCUCAAAAUCCGAACAAGUUACCAAAUUUACAAAGAAUGCCAGCAGCUGCUAAAUAUGACUCAGGAUCUGGAUAGCAAAAAUGAAACCUACAGCCAGUUUGAAGGGGGUGUCAAGCUGGGGAUCGGAGCGUUCAAUCUGAUGCUCUCUCUCCUCCCGGGUAGGAUCCUCAGACUGCUAGAAUUCAUUGGCUUUUCAGGCAACAGGGAGUUUGGGCUGUCCCAGUUACGAGAGGGAGCUGCCACCCACAGCCUGCGAGCCGUUCUCUGUGUGUUGACUUUGCUGAUGUAUCAUACUUAUGUCUCCCUAAUCCUCGGUACUGGUGAAGGCAAUCUGGUUGAAGCAGAGGCCCUGUUGGAGCCCUACCUCGACAAAUUUCCCAAUGGGUCAAUUAUUUUGUUUUAUGCAGCCAGGAUUGCCGUACUGAAAGGAAACUUUGAGAGGGCUGAAGUGAAGUUCCAGGAAUGCAUUGCCUCUCAGCAAGAGUGGAAACAGAUCCAUCACCUGUGCUACUGGGAGCUCAUGUGGUCCCACUCUUUUCAACGGCAGUGGCUGGAGGCCUACCGCUACGCAGACCUGCUCUGUAAGGAGAGCAAGUGGUCCAAGGCUAUCUACAUGUUUCAGAAAGCAGCCAUCCUCAGCAUGCUCCCAGAUGAUGAAGUCAAAAAGACAGGGGAGAAUAUUGUUGAGUUGUUCAGACAAGUGGAAGGGCUGAAGCAGAGGAUUGCAGGUAAAUCCAUCCCCACUGAGAAGUUUGCAGUGAGGAAGGCCAGACGCUAUUUGCCCUCCAAUCCAGUGAAGCUAGUUGUACCUGCACUGGAAAUGAUGUAUGUUUGGAAUGGCUUCACUAUUGUUGGAAAGAGAGCUGACCUAACUGAGGGUUUGCUCAUCACAAUUGAAAAGGCUGAGGAGCAGCUAAGAUGCGACCCGAAUCCCACAGAGUACCACCCGGAUGACCAGUGCCUUGUACAGAUGUUGAAGGGCCUCUGUCUGAAACAUCUGGGUCGUCUUAUGCAAUCAGAACUGUGUUUCACACAGGUCGUUGCGAGUGAAAAGAUGAUCCGCUAUGACCAUUACUUGGUGCCAUUCAGCCUUUAUGAGCUGGGCCUGCUAUAUAAACAGCAAGGAGACUUUCAGAAGGCAAUCAGAUUCAUAGAAAAUGCAAAACUGAACUACAAGGACUAUUCAAUGGAAUCCAGGCUGCAUUUCCGUAUCCAUGCUGCUCUUAACAGUCUCAAGAGCUCUCCAGCCACCACACCUUAAGACAGUAUCCUGGCUGCCUGUCAGACAAAUGUGUCCAAUACAAGAGUUUUACCCCAGGGCAUGAUUUACUUACAAAUUUCUGUUACAAACUGUAAAAAAAAGGCAAAUGUCCAACAGAAACAUUUUUUAUUGUGAAUUUAGUAUUUUCUUCAAAAUCACAAACUGGUGUAAAAGUCUUUCUUCAGAUUCUACACAAGUCACAGAGUCCUCCCCAAGCCUUUAAUUUAUAUAGACUAGCAGUUGAAAAAGUCUCAUUUAACAUGUGGCAACUACAAGAUUCUAAGGCUUAGAUAACCCAGCAACAUGUGGGCUCACUUAUCUCCUCAGUUGAACCAAAAACCAUCAAACAACACUAAUCACUUUUCAUUUUAGAGAAUACUUGGGAACUAACUUAAUCCUUAAUUUUAAACAGGGUUUUUAUAGAAUACUACAAGAGAAGUUGAAUGGAAAACCUUUGAGAGAGAGAGAGAGACUGACUACAGUUUUUGUUAUUCACAUUUUAUAGGCAAUCGGUUGUGAAAGGAACCAAUGCUGUAGAAGCAGAAGGUUUUCAAUAUAUUUGGAAUAAUUCACAUUUAAAAAUGGUAUGUGACCCAAAUAUUUUGCCUUUAAUAGAUCAGUCCCAAAAAUGUACCAUACUGACAUAUACUCUAUAACAAUUCAGAGUUUAUAACAUUUCACUGAUGUCUGGUUUGAUGUAAAGACCCAAGAGGAAAUGGCGAUGCUAGGAAAUGGAGUACCUUUUGUACUCUAGUGUUCCAGUUUGUGUUGUCUUUGGUUUCCAAAGACAUAGUGCUUUUAAAACGCUUUCUCCUUUCUCUUCAUUGUAGGAAAAGGUAUAUGCCAACUUAAAAGCCAAGGUUAAGUUGGCUUUUAAAGUAUACAAAAUGUCAUUAAGUGUUUGAAAAGUAGAUGCAGAGCUGUUGCAGGGCCAGAUUGAUUUAGAAUAUUGCAAUAAAAAGAAAAAUAACAAUUUCCUUCAAACGGAAAACCAAAGACAAGUCUAAUUGGUUGUAUUUUGAACACUAUCCUUCUAUAAGGAGGUUUAAAAACACUUAAAUAACCUAACCUAAAAAAUGUAAGGCUGUGGCUGCUGGGGAAUACAGUGCAAUAAAUGUAUUUUGCACUUUCACUUAUUUUAUUUCACCUUUAUAUUCUUGAUGUGUAGUAGAGUUGCACAGGUUCAUCUCUUGUCACUUCAUUGUGGAAAUUUCUUGUAGUCCUUGAAUGCAGUUGAGUAAACCUCUUGUUUGUGGUUUCCUAGGAGACCUCUUAUUAGCAAUAUUGUUGAGAGUGGCUAUGAAUUUGGAGACUUGAGAAUCUUUAGAGAGUUGAAUGUUCACUUUGAUCUGUAAAGAAGAUAUUUCUAGGUACCUGCCUUCUUCAUUAAAUCGUGGAGUGUUACAUUCAGAGCUCAUUAACUGUUGGGCAGGGGUAAGACUAGUAACACAUGUAAAAGAAGAAUAUAGUUAUUUUUUUUCCCAGAACAGUUGCCACCAUGAUAACAGUGGUAUUUGUCAGUUGCUGUUGAUUCCUCUAGAUGUCAGCCUAGAUGAAUGUAUCUUCCUAUUUUUGAACUUGACCAAAUAAGUGAGUGUUUGUACAGUAUAUGUGUGUAUGUUUCUUGUGAUGUACUAAGAGCUACUUACCAUGCUUCUUGUAUUUAGGACGUAUUUUAUAUGUUGGAAUAAUUCAAGGUGCAAUAAUUCCUAAACUGUAUGUGUUUGUCAUACAAUUUAAUGAAUUUCUUUGUUCUCCCAGAGUGUAGGCUACACUGUAUUGCAUUACAGUGCCUUUUACACAUUUCACAGCAAAACUGUUGUGGAGUGUCUGUUUCUAGUUAAGCUCAAUUAGCGACUUAUUUUAAAGAUAAUCUAGUAAUGACUGCAAAAGUCAUCGGUGUAACUUGGCCAUUAAAUGUCCAUAAAACAAUUAAAGCUUAUUUGGUCUCAAAUCUAAUCAAUAAAUAAUCCUUUAAUCAUUUGGGCCAUGUUGCCUUCUACAUUGCCUCACAUCGAAGGGCUUUCUUUGUGUUAGAGGUAUUCCUUAAUGCUUUGCAGUAAGUGUUGCAAAGACAUUUUAUUUCAGCCUUUCUUCUGAUGCAGAAGUUCACUAAAUAAUUAAGAAACAUACAGAUUACUAGAAAAGCUACAGUGUUCUUGAAAUAACACAAGUGCUUAAAUAAGUGUUAUAUUUAAUCAGCAAUUGUAGUAUUUUGUUGUAUUAUAACACAUUUAUAUUGUGUUAAAUACUUCAGUUAAUGAACGGUAGACUCAAGUACAAACAGUUGUUAAGAGGAAAACGUGAAAUGCUAUUAAUGUCAUGCAGACUUUGGAGCGCAUUAGAAUGUACCAAGAUUUUAGACAGGAAUAGUUUGAUUUUCUGCUUUCUUUUCGGAAUACGGGAUGCUUAUGUACAACAAGAUGCCUCCUUUGGUGUUCGUGGUUAACUUAGUAUUUUACAGUAGAUUAUGUGCUGUGUAGGUGCAGCUUGAUCCUGUAACACUUUAAGGGGAAAAAAAAACUAUGAUGUCAGUCACAUUGACCAUCUGUGAAAAGUAGUUCUUUUUUAUUUUCAGGUGGGAAGUAUCCCUGUUUUGGUUCAGAAUUCACACAAAGACGGUUAAAAGCCAUUGUGCAUCUCCAUUAACCGUCAUUGGUUUGUGGUUGAGAAUUUCAGUUGAAUUCCACAUUGCUAUGCAAUAGCUGUGAAGGGAGGAGAAAUGCCUUUUAGAUGUUUAAAUAGAUUGAUGGCAUGACUCUUCUGCCAAAGCAGGUUCUCCUUAUUAGUUAUGCAGCACUGCUAUCUUCCAGUGUUGUAGAUUUUGACAAUUUUGCUCAAACAUACAGUAGGUACCAUGAAAAUUGUCCCUGAAUAAGCAAGAUGUACGGGUAAAUGAAACAUGUUUUAUUGUGAUAACAGAGGCAAAGUUGGUGAUGCGCAUUCUCAUAAACUCAAUUAUGGACCCAAGCAUCUUCUAUGAGGUAGAACUACAUAUUUCUUGCAAUUUGUUUGGUGGUGGUGGGUUCUUAAACUCAUUACUAAAGUCUUAAUGUUACCCUGUUAGUAUUAAAAAGAUAUCAACUGUCACUACUAACAUUUUCUAAUGCAGGUGAUGGAACACUAUUGACAUUUUUUAGCUUACAGCUGUGUACUUUCAGCCCUGUGUUUUUUUUUUUAUUUCCUUUGUAAAGCUUUUUCCCCCCAAUUUCUUAAGAUACCUUUAUUAAUCCUUUUUUUCCUGGAGCUAAUAUUUCAGUUUUGUUGGUAUUUUAAAAAAGUUAUAAAGAUAGCAAAUGAUAAAAUAACCAGACAUGAAACACAAGUGGCUGGAGGUGCAGCACAAAAUACAAGGUCAAUAGAAAAUGGAGCAGACACAAACACCAAAUAAAAGACUUUCUGAAAAGAGGUUUUGAGACUAGAUUUAACAGCACUCAUGGUAGUUGGCUCUCUGAUAUCCAUGCAGAUAGAAGUCCAGAGCUUUUGGGCAUGGCAAAAGAAGGCCCUGUCACCUAGAAUGUAAUUGAUCCUGGGAGACAUACUGUAUAGAAGACCAGAGUAAGAAAAACAGGUUGUGAGUUGGGUAGUAGACUGUGCAAAGGCACGAGGAUUUUGAAGACAGGGCUGUUGACUUCUGGCUGCGAAAUUUUGAACACAUUGGAGUUUUUUCAAUGUGCAUUUAGAUACAUCAGCAAGUAGGGCAUUGCCAUAAUUAAUUUUAGAAAAGACACACACAUGUGUUGAGCAGCUUUUCUGCUACAGUCAAAGACAACAUAGGAAAUUGUCUGGAGAUAUUUCUGAGAUGAUAGAAUGAUGUUUUUUACAAGUCAAGCCAGGAUCAAAAAUAAACCUCAAAUUCUACGGUUGUAAAUAAGAUUCAAGCACAGUGCCAUCCACAGAUAGGGUUACCUCAUGGGCUUCACGUAAGGGAUGGGAGGUGCAGAGUAGCGUGACCUCGUGUCACAGUUUAAGUGAAGGAAAGUUUGAAACAGCCAGCUUUGAUGCAAACAUCUCAUAUAACUGCUAAGUGCCCCAAGCAUCUUAUCCAGCUACUUCUUGAAAGAAGCUGAGAUAUUGGCUUCAGCAAAUAUUUUCAUGUUCCAUGUGGCUAAUAUUUGUGUGUGGAUGUUAGAAAAACUAGAGGUAUAGCUUUCAAAAUCUGAAAAAGUAUUUCUUUGCUUUAGAGCUGAGGGAAAAAAAAACCUAAUUCAAAAGCAUAAUCUAAAAUACCUUCCUUUGAACGUGGCUUGUUUGUAUGUCUGUUUUAUUGCAUAUUUAGUUUAUCUUUAUUAAAAAGUGGUGCAGGAUCAGGGUUGCAGCUAGGUUUGGUACUUUUAUAGUAGAAGCUUCCCUAAGAAGUACUAGUAUUAUGGUAGUUCUAACUCAUUAUUUUGCUUUAUAAACAAUCACAUUAUAAACCAAAAGAGAUGUAUUUCUUUGCCUGCUGAUUUGUGGAAUAGAGCGUAAUAUAAUAGUUGGUGUCAAGAGUUAUACAAAAGGUUUUUCAAAAUCAUGUCUGAGUACUAAAGCAUGCAUCAUCUUCAAUGAGAGAAUUGAACACUUUUUUUUUGGACUGCUGGUCAGGCCUCUGCAAAGAUGGUUUUCUUCUUAAUCUUUCUGAUACAUUUGCUUUUUCUCUCCAACAGGAGUCACUGUGAAGCACAACUCACAGUCUUCAGCAUUUUGUCAUGUUAUAUUGUAUUUCAGACUGCAAAGCCACAAUUAACAUUAAUAAUUUAUGCUUUUAACUUCUCCAUUGUGUAAGACCUUUGAUAUUUUCUUUUAUAAUUUUAUCUGAAAAUGGUUAUAAAGAAAUUGUAAGUCAUAAAUGUUACAAUUUUAACUUAGUCAAGAACAGAAGCCUAUUUUCCCCUUUAUUUUGUUGCUUUUUCUACAAGCAGUGUACUGCUGCUUUCACUUAAGUUACCUAAGAGUGCCUGCUGUGUGUACGUUCACAUUUUGAAAUGUAAAUAUCUUUUCAAGUGACUGUAUCUUUUGUCUGCUGUGCAGCGAGAUCACUCAGCAGAGUGCUGUAGAAAUGCAACAUCAUAUUCCUAAACAAAUAAAGCCAUGAAUUUGAACAGUGAA